GGGCAAUAAUGAGGGCCAAGGAAAGCAACGUCCGUUUUUGCUGACGUUCCAGCUUACAAUGUUAACUUUACAAAAUCAGGCUGGACCCUGCUGUGCUCCUGGAAGGAAUGCGUUUUACGUAUGCUCCUCUUUGAGCCCUGCUGCUUUCCACCGCUUACAUGGCAGUCCGAAGUAUCACAUUUCCAUCCAACAUCUGGUUUUCAUAGCUCAUACAGGAUGUUGUCAAAGUGCAAUAAAACAACAGUGGUUUACAAUUGCUAUUGUGUAGAUUGUGGACAGAAAAAGAGAAAAUUUGUGGUGAUCUAGGCAAUCCUUCUUUUGUUGUUCUGUGGCCAAAGAGGCAGUCUCAGACCAUACGGCUUCUCAGUCUCUUCACCUCUCAUUGAGAGGUGUUCGGCUUCAUGCGUUCACUGAGCUCAGCAUAAUUCGUCACUCAGCAAACAUGAUUUGGAUCACCUUGUUUUGGCUUUAUAUGUUCUCAGAUCUUUUUGCAUUACCCAACAUGACUGUGGACAUAAAGAGUGCCGUACUUGAUGAACCUGUGACGUUAGCUGAGGACUUUGAGGAUGCGUUUCUACAGAGCCAGAAAGAACACAGUGUCAGAAAUAUCAAUAGAGAAAAGUGCACAGUGCCAUGUGAGAUGACCGCAAAACUCAUGCAGGAUGAGAAGCAUUCUUGGUGCAGCAACGUCCAGCAUGCCAUGACAACAUAUAGCAGGAGCACCAGAAAGCUGAUCCGAGAUUUAAUUGAUGAGCAGCAGAAGACUCUGGAAUUCCUCUCUAACCAGGUAAUGGAACUUACAACCAAAGUCCACAGUCUCAGUUUAGAUGUGCAGAGGAGCAACAGCGAGAUGUUUUCUGUGAAGCCCAUGCAUGCUCAUGGUAGAGACUGCAGUGACAUAAUGGAAUCACUAGAGGCAGUAACACCAAAAAUUCCAAGUGGAGUUUAUAUUAUUCAGCCUGAAAACUCUGAGCUAUUGUUUGAGGUAUUCUGUGAGAUGGAUUACAUGGAAGGAGGCUGGACGGUCAUCCAGAGGCGGACUGAUGGCCUGACUGACUUUAAACGUGCAUGGUCAAGCUACCUGGAUGGAUUUGGACCCCUACCAGGAGAACAUUGGCUCGGUUUGAGGAAAGUGCACAGUAUUGUGGGUCAGAAGAACACACGCUUUAAGCUUCACAUAUCCUUCGUCUCUCAAGAUGACUCCACCGCAUAUGCCUCUUACGACAACUUCUGGCUUGAAGAUGAGAGCAAAUUCUUUGCAGUUCAUCUCGGCAGAUACGCUGGUAGUGCAGGUGACGCUUUCAGAGGAUAUGAGCAAGAGCAGAAUCAGGACACGGCACCUUUCAGCACCUCAGAUGUAGAUAAUGAUGGCUGCAUUCCUUUCUGCACUUUUGAUGGCAAAGCCGUGGAGAGCUGCAGUGUGCAGCACAACAACACAGGCUGGUGGUUUAAUCAGUGUGGCCAGGCGAACCUCAACGGCUCACCGCUGGAUCAAGAUCGCUCUACUCAGCCGCACCUUCACUGGGACACGUGGACUAAGAACGGAGAACCUGUCAGUAUCAAGUCAGUAACAAUGAAGAUCAGGAGAGUUGAAGGCUCAAAUCUGAAAUAAGCUUUUCAAGAUUGUAAAGUUGGAAGAUUGUGGAACGGUUCAUUAAUUAUCUAUCAGAAUGCACUUUAAUUAAAUAAACAUACCAAAGUCAAAAAUACUGAUGUGUAAAAGGCAUAUCUUUAAACAACAUUAAAAUAUUUAUCCAAUAUUCCUCUUCCUGAACUGAAAUGUAACUAUUAGUCAUGAAGGCUAUUCUGUUUAAAGAAACUAGAAGCUAUAGAAUUCUAUUUGUAGUGCUAUGGAUUUGUGCUGGAUGAUGAAGCACAUUGUUUAGCAAAUAUUCUUUUUCAUUUUGUCAUUUUGAAUUGUUGCACGUCAAGGGUACAUAAUUCGCAGAGUCUGUGGCUGUUUGAACAUCAUUCUGAUCUGAAACUUCUUGGUGAGCACUAAAAAAUUAUUAAAAAAGAAUUAUCCCUCUGAGCAGUUUCACACAUGAAUCAAACUAACUUAAUAGAAGGUGAUUCUUUUAAUAUUAAUGCACACCCUGAAUUGAUAUAUUUCUCCUUUACAACAGCAAUUUGCCAAGCACACUAUACUUUUUUUCCCCAUUUAUUGCAAAACAAGUUAGCUCUUGUUAUCACUUAUGUUAUAGCAGCUAUAAACAGUUGUUCUAUCACCAGCCUACUUUGUUCUCUCUUGAAGACAGUGAGACCCCACAAAGUCGUCUGUUCUGAAUAAUAUCCUAGGGAAAUUAUAAAACUUAAGAUAGAAAAGUAAGUUAGAAAGUUAGAAAACCUACUGACUGUUAGAAAACGCUGACACUGGAGACCCUUUCCAAUAAUUGUAUUGAAAAUUAAUCAACACCUACUGACCAAUCAUAUUCAAGAAUUAAGCAGUGAUGUGGCCUAAAAUAACUUAAACCAUACUAAUGUGGGUGGUCGGUUAUUUCUGUUAAUCUGUUAACCUGGCAGACAAGUGAAAGUGGCUGCAUAGUGUGUGGCCCUCGAGUGGCAUCGCUGUCCUAAUGUAAAUACAUCAGUAGUUAUCUGUGUACAUUAAACCGUCUGUACUGUGUCUAUUCAGAGCACUGAAAUCAUUUUGUCCUUUCAGAGACUAAACAAAACACCAGAGCUCCAGGGAAACACCAUAUGUACAGUCCAGAAAUGUCAAAUACCAUGCAGGACACCUGUACCCCAGUGAAGACCAAUAUGCAGAGACAUCCAUUACAGGGCCAGUCUGGCCUGACAUGAAUUAGAUUAGGCAUUUCUAAACAGAUGUUGCUAUUGGUCUGAUUUUGGCCUGUUUUAUACGUAAUUUUUUGUCAGUAUUACCUUUGGCAGCACAUAUGCUAUAUGGCCAAAAGAUUGUGGACACCUGCCCAUCACACCCAUAUGUGGGCCUACCCCAAAAUCUUGCCAGAAAGUAUGAAGCACACGAUUGUCUAGGAUGUCUUUCUGUGCUGUAGCAUUUACAUUUCCCCUUACUGGAUUUAAGGGGUCACGGUUGGUGUGGAACUAGUACUUAAAUGGCCUGCACAUAGUCCUGACCUCAACCCCACUGAACAUCUUUGGGAUGAACUAUAAUGCUGACUUUGCCCCAGGGCUCCUUGCCCAACUUCAGUGCCUGACCUCAGUAAUGCUCUUGUUGCUGAAUGGGCAAAUCCAAAAUCCAAAUCCAAUUCCAAAAUGUAGUGGAAGGACUUCCUAGAACAGUGGAGGUUAACAACAGCGAAAGGAAAACUGCUAAAUCCGUAAUGGGAUAUCCGACAAGCAUAUAUAUGCAAAUGAUGGUCAGGUUUCCACGAACCUUCAGCCAAAUAGUUUAUGAUCAUGCUUUCACUGAAAAACAUUUAAAAGCUCUUUCACUUGAAGCUAUAUGAUGGAAUUUAAUGUAUAUGUUGUUUUCUUUUGAGAGUAAUAUUUUUCUUUCUUAAUGCCUUUCUUCAUUUGAAAAUGUACAUUAAAAACCCUAUGUGACACUUACCAGUGUUUGAAGUGUGAUGAUACUCCCAGCAACUCCCAUCAAAUAUGUCUUUCUGAAGUCUUCUUAUCUACUGGGGACCU